CUCCCUUCCUCUCCUCCGCUCCCCUCAAUCCGAAUCCACCAACGCAGAGGAGUGAAGAGAGAAACUCCGGAGAAGAAGCAGGAGCGGGCGAGGCGGCGAGGUCGAUGUCGACGACGGCGGGGUACCUGGCGCGGCGCGCGGGCCAGAAGGAGCGGGUGCGGCUGCUCUACCGCCGCGCGCUCAAGGACACCCUCAACUGGGCCGUCCACCGCCACCUCUUCUACCAGGACGCGUCCGAGCUCAGGGACAAGUUCGAGGCCAACAGAAAUGUGGAGAACCUGGACGUGAUCGAUAGGCUCAUCGAGGACGCGGAGGCGCAGCAGAGGAACUUCCAGCACCCGGAUCCUUACAUUGUUCCAUGGGCUCCUGGUGGCACUAAAUUCACAAGGAACCCUCCUCCACCUGAAGGGAUUGAGAUUAUCUACAACUAUGGCAAAGAAGACCAAUGAACAAGAAUCAUGCAUUUGUGAGCAGAGCCUGGCACCUGCGGAGUGCGAAGGACUUACUUUCACUUUUCCAGAUGAUAGCAUGCAACUGAGCUGCUGUAUGAUUGUUAAGAACAAAAUAAAAUUACUAGCCUCCUUCCAUGUGUUUCUUUUAUCAUGGAUCUUGUAUGGCAACUAUUUUGUGCUCAUCAGCUAGUUCAUCGUUUACAUUUACUAAGCUUUCUUUGUCAA